AUGAAAAGCUUUGGUGAAACACUUGUUCAACAUAAAUGUUUGAAAGGAAAACGACAUUUGCAUAAUGAGCCGAAAAAGCUUUUCGCUAAUAUGGAACGUGACAAAACUAAUUCUUUUGACAGAAAACCUUUUCAUUUCAUUUGUUUAGAUCUUAAGCGUAAUGAAAUUCUUUCUUUACAUCUUCUCCGCCGUCAAGAAACACCUUGA